AUGUCUUUCUUUCUUUCUGUCUUUCUUUCUUUCUUUCUUUCUUUUUUUCUCAAUCUGUUUCUUUCUUUCUUCCGUAAUUUGUUUGUUUCCUUCUUUCUUUUUCAAUCUUUUCUCUCAAUCUAUAUAUUUCUUUCUUUCUUUCUUUGUUUCUUUCUUUCCAAACCUGUUUCUUUGUUUCUGUCUUUCUUUCUUUGUUUGUUUCUUUCUUUCUCAAUCUGUUUCUUUUUUCUUUCUCAACCUGUUUCUUUCUUCCUGUCAUUCUUUCUUUCUUUCUUUCUUUCUUUCUUUCUUUCUUUCUUCCGCAAUUUGUUUGUUUGUUUCCUUCUUUCUUUCUCAAUCUUUUUCUCUCAAUCUAUAUAUUUCUUUCUUUCUUUCUUUCUUUCUUUCUUUCUUUCUCAAUCUGUUUCUUUUUUCUUUCUCGACCUGUUUCUUUCUUCUUGCCAUUUUUUGUUUGUUUGUUUGUUUGUUUGUUUCUUUCUUUCUUUCUUUCUCAAUCUUUUUUUUUCUUUCUUUCUCAAUUUGUUUCUUUUUUCUUUCUCAACCUGUUUCUUUCUUUCUUUCUCAAUCUGUUUCUUUUUUCUUUCUCAACCUGUUUCUUUCUUUCUUUCUUUCUCAAUCUGUUACUUUCAAUCUCAGUCUGUUUCUUUCUUUCUCUCUCUUUCUUUCUUUCUUUCUUGCUUUUUGGGAUCAGUUUGUUUGUUUCUUUUCUUUUCCAAUCGUUUUUUCCCAAUCUGUUUUCCAAUCUUAUUUUUUCGGUAUGUCUUUUGUUUCUUUCUUUCUUUCUCGAUCUUUUUUUCUCAAUCUGUUUCUUUCUUUCUCAAUCUGAUUUUUUCGCAGUUUGUUUGUUUCUUUCUUUCUCAAUCUUUUUUUCUCAAUCUGUUUCUUUCUUUCUUUCUUUCUUUCUCAAUCUGUUUCUUUCUUUCUGUCAUUUUUCUCUCUUUCGUUCUCAAUUUGUUUCUUUCUUUCUCAAUCCGUUUCUUUCAUUCCCAGUCUGUUUUUUUCUCUCUUUAUUUCUUUCUUCCUCUCUUUCUUUCUUUUUUCUUUCUUUUUGAAUCUCUUCUUCCUUUAUCAAUAUUUUCUUUCUUUCUAUUUUCACUUGUAUUCAUUCACAUAUUCAUUAAUUUUCUCUCAAUUGUUUUUUUAAAUCAGUUUCUCAAAUUCUUUAUAUUCAAUCUCCGCUAUUCUCUCCAUUUUGUUCCUCAGAGCCAGUUUUCUUCUCAGAUUAUCUUUUCACACAUUAUUCUUUUCUUUCUUUCUUUCUUUCUUUCUUUCUUUCUCCACAUUUUAUUUCUUUUAAAUCCACUUUUCAGCUUUCUUUCUUCCUCUUUUCUUUCUAUGUCUCUUUUUUUCUUUAUUUGA